GAGAGAGAGAGAGAGAGAGUCACCACCCCUGUCCUCGUGCAGCUGUCAGCUGUUUCCUCGCGCACAAUCGAUCACCAUCAAUCAGCGGGAGCAGCGACAGCUCGUCAAACACCUGAAGAUCCAUCCAUCCAUCUACCAUCCAUCCGUCCAUCCAUCCAGAUGAAUAAUGAAGUCCCUCCUGCGUACUUCCCCCAACCCCCCGGAGGCCCCUCAGCCCCCGGCUACCCUGCAGGGUUCAGCUCUCAGCCGGCAGCCUUCCCCGGAGCACCAUACCAGACCUACCCUCAGGCCUACACAGGUGGAGGAGACCAUUACCCCUUCCCGGCACAAUCGGGACCCCCAGGACCCCCGGGACCCCUGGGACCCUACCUGAAUCAGCCCGGGUACCAAGGGUACCAAGGGUACCAGAGGGAGCAGCCAAAAACCACAGUGUUUGUGGCUGACCCAAAUCAAGGCAUCAACCGUGGCGGUGACUCUAAGAGCUCGUGUCUGGCGGGCUGUUUAGCCGCUAUGUGCUGCUGCUUUCUCUUGGACAUCUUCUAAAAACCUCUGGCCAUCUGCAGCCAUCAACACAACAAGAAAUCUCUUUUAAUUUGGGGAGAAGAACCUGUUUUAUAUCUUAUAUCUGUCUGUCUGUGUGUUUGAAUGUUACUUCACUGUUGUGAUGACUCUCACCGGCAAUUUCCACUGGAUGCGGAACGCCGACGGAGUCAUUAGGUUUCCAUUUAAGUGAAUGUGUGUGUUUCCACUGAGUGCUGAACGUCUGCGUUCUGACUCCGUCCCAGUUCUGUCAGUCCGCAGCAGAUACGCAGAGCUUCUAUUUUUGACGGAGGACGGCGAGCUCCGCAGCAAUUCAGCACACGGCAGAUAG